AGCAUUUCUUUAAUGGAGUUUCUCCUGGACAUCACCUGCAGUAACAGAGUAUGUCCCAGAAAGGAAGCUGUUUCUACGCUGACCUAUGAUACGCUCAGGUUUGAGUAUGAAGACUUUCCUGAGACCAAGGAGCCGGUCUGGAUCCUGGGGAGAACGUACAGCGCGGUCACAGAGAAGGAGGCGAUCCUGCUGGAUGUGACCUCUCGGCUCUGGUUCACGUACCGAAGGAACUUCCCUGCCAUUGGAGGAACAGGUCCCACGUCCGAUACCGGCUGGGGCUGCAUGUUAAGAUGUGGUCAGAUGAUCUUCGCUCAGGCACUGGUCUGCCGGCACUUAGGCAGAGAUUGGAGGUGGGUGAAAGGGGAGAUGCAGACAGACGAGUACUUCAGUGUCCUUAAUGCCUUCAGUGACAAGAAAGACAGCUACUACUCCAUCCACCAGAUAGCCCAGAUGGGAGUCGGCGAGGGCAAGUCGAUUGGCCAGUGGUACGGACCAAACACAGUCGCACAAGUGCUCAAAAAACUUGCUGCGUUUGACACCUGGAGCGCCUUGGCAGUGCACAUAGCCAUGGACAACACGGUAGUGAUGGAAGAAAUCAGAAGGCUAUGCAAGGCCAGUGUCUCCUGGGCUGGGGCGGCAGCCUUCCCUGGGGCAGGGCCAGACCUGGUCUACAAUGGGUACCCGGAUGGAGCGGAGGUUACGGACAGGUCGCUAUGGAAACCAUUGGUGCUGCUGAUCCCUCUUCGCCUCGGGCUCACAGACAUCAACGAGGCUUACAUUGAAACGUUAAAGCACUGCUUCAUGAUGCCGCAGUCCCUGGGCGUGAUUGGCGGGAAGCCCAACAGUGCUCAUUACUUCAUUGGCUACGUGGGCGAGGAGCUAGUUUACCUGGACCCGCACACCACGCAGCCUGCCGUGGACGCCAGUGACAGCGGCUGCAUCCCCGACGAGAGCUUCCACUGCCAGCACCCGCCCUGCCGCAUGAGCAUCGCCGAGCUCGACCCGUCCAUCGCAGUGGGCUUUUUCUGCAACACGGAGGAGGACUUUAAUGACUGGUGCCAGCAAGUCCGAAAGCUGUCCCUGCUGAGAGGAGCCCUGCCCAUGUUUGAACUGGUAGAACAUCAGCCCUCGCACUUCUCCAGCCCCGACGUUCUGAAUCUCACGCCAGACUCUUCUGAUGCAGACAGACUGGAAAGAUUCUUUGACUCAGAGGAUGAAGACUUUGAAAUCUUGUCUCUUUGAAAAUAGAUAGAAACUGACUCUGCACAGCUGUGGUGUGUGGGGGACGUGGGCGGGGGGAGGAAGUUCCUUCGAGCGCCUCGGCCCCUACUGGUUUUCAUAGGUGCUUGCUGACAUCCCUGCCUCCCAUCCAUCCCAGCAAUCUGUGCACUGUCUGCAUUGGGAUCAAGAAACAAGUCACGGUUAAGGCUUCAGUGGCCAGUCAGGAUUUCUCAGUGCCACGCCUGGGCAGAAAGUGGAUGCAGUGGUGCCCAGAAUGUCAAAGGUUGGUUUGUUACAGCAGCAGCUGUGCUGGUCUGACCGGAGUAACAGCAGAACCCCCCAGAGAGCUAGACCCUUAGGACUACACCCAGCGCUAUUUAAUCGGAGCCACCCUUCUGCCGGGGACGGGGGCAAAGCCUCUAGUUCCUCCCACAGCUUUCCUCCUCCUGGCUGACCUGGGCCAUGUAAAUGAAUCCCAGACGUGCCCCACACGAGUGCCCAGCCCAGAACUACGUGAGCUACUUGCCUGGAUGGUCGUGUUUUCCAUAGUACUAGGCCCCAUGCUGCUGCUCAUGCUUUACAGAAGUUGCAGUGCUCUCACACACACACAGUGCUGCCUGUUUUCUCCCCGCUCCCGGAAGCUGCAGGCUCUGAUGAAGGGCAGCCUUCUCGCAGGUGUAUCUGAUGUGUGGCCAGGAAUGACGCAGGCACUUCCUCUACACGGAAAGCCUCAUGGUGAUCGCCACGGUCUGGAACUGACAGCCAAAAGGGAGGAGAAUCCCUGUGCGAGUAAAAGGAGGAAGGAAGGAAAAGGACGUCUGGGAAGGGCCCUAGUCUCACUGGAAGGGUCAUCAAGGCUCUGCAAAAAGAUGGGUUGAUGAACACAGCAGGGAGAUGUCUUCACUAGAGCAGCCUUGAGAGGCUGAGAUGUUCAAAGCGUGAGCCUGAUCUCACUUUCAGUAGAAGUGGUGGGGGG